UAACACAGGCUUUUCUCUAGUGUAUAUAUAAAGGGAAUGGGAAGUGUUCUCAUGCAGCAGGACGAGAGAGGGGGGCGGAGAGAGCUCUGCCGGAAAGUGCUUUUCCAACGGCGGAGAUCAAGGAAAAGUGGCAAAGUGGAAAGCACCUACUACUACACCCAAAACAUGGGAGCUGAUGGAACAAUGUCUCCUGUCCUAACCAAAAGAAGGCCCGACCAAGAGAUCAACAAACUCGACAUAAAGCCUAACCAUGAGGUCGACAUUGCCCGAAGAGCCCCUCACUCGAAGCCGCCCUUCACCUUGAGCGACCUCCGGAGCGCAAUCCCGCCGCACUGCUUCCACCGCUCGCUCCUCAUGUCCUCAUCGUACCUCAUCCGCGACUUCGCCCUAGCCUUCCUCUUUUACCACUCUGCCGUCACUUACAUCCCGCUCCUUCCGAAACCACUUGCCUGCAUGGCUUGGCCGGUCUACUGGUUCUUGCAGGGAUCGAACAUGCUCGGCAUCUGGGUCAUUGCCCACGAGUGCGGCCACCAGGCUUUCAGCAAUUACGGCUGGGUAAAUGAUGCAGUGGGCUUCUUCCUCCACACAUCGCUCCUCGUCCCAUACUUUCCAUUUAAGUACAGCCACCGUCGCCACCACUCCAACACCAACUCCGUCGAGCAUGACGAGGUAUUUGUCCCGAGGCACAAGGAUGGUGUCCAGUGGUAUUACAGGUUCUUCAACAACACCCCUGGCCGAGUUCUAACCCUAACGCUGACUCUACUGGUGGGCUGGCCAUCAUACCUGGCAUUCAAUGCGUCGGGUAGGCCCUAUGAUGGCUUCGCAUCCCAUUACAACCCCAAUGCUCAGAUAUUCAACUUGAGAGAGCGGUUCUGGGUCCACGUCUCGAAUAUCGGGAUUUUAGCCAUCUACUACAUCCUCUACCGGCUAGCCACCACGAAAGGCCUCCCAUGGCUUCUCAGCAUCUACGGAGUCCCAGUCCUCAUAUUAAAUGCAUUCGUGGUGUUAAUAACCUUCCUUCAACACUCUCAUCCUGCACUCCCCCACUACAACUCAGACGAAUGGGACUGGCUGAGAGGGGCACUAGCCACAGUUGAUCGAGAUUACGGUUUUCUAAACGAGGUUUUCCACGACAUAACAGACACUCACGUGAUCCAUCACCUCUUCCCAACAAUGCCCCAUUACAAUGCCAAGGAGGCUACUGUGUCCAUAAGGCCAAUCUUGAAGGACUACUACAAGUUUGAUAGGACGCCCAUUUGGAGAGCAUUGUGGAGGGAGGCCAAGGAGUGUUUGUACGUAGAAGCUGAUGGCACUGGCAGCAAAGGGGUGCUAUGGUUCAAGAGCAAGUUCUGAAUGAGUGUUAUUAGAAUCGAACCUAAUAUCGAGCCAGUCGAGAUAUGAGUUCAUAGGUUCAAGGGUCCAACUAAGGUUCAAUGGAUCAAACCGUAUGUUUUUGUUAAAAAUCAAAUAAAUAAUUUAUAUUAUUAAAAAAUUAUGAAAGAUAA